AUGGACGACGCAACUCCACCCCUCUUGGCGCUUCCUGCGGAGAUCGUCCAGCACAUCCUUGCCUUUCUCUCGCUCUCCGACCUGAUCACCACUAGCUUGGUCAGCCGCGCACUGCACCAGCAUUCGCAGCAGGACACCUUGUGGCAGCCGUUUGUGCAAGAGCAGGUCCCAGGACACGACGUACCCAAGCCCAAGAACUUGACAUGGAGGGAGCUGUUCCGGCAACACCACCCGUACUGGUUCCUAGCCAAGAACAAGAUCUGGUUCGCCGACACACCACACACGGGGAAGCUGCUUGUUGCACGCUACGACCACAGGAUCAAUGCGAUCGAGGCGUACGCUUUGGUGGCCGAGCGGCGACAGCCGGUGAUGCAGUCGUGGGAAUGGAACCCAGAAGCCAUCAUCCACACCUUCCAUCCUAGUGUUCAGCUCGAUAUGGUCGCGCCGAUUAUACGGCUGAACGGAGACUCUUACGAGCGCGUCUACGGCGACCGACUGCAGCACGAGAUACACAUGGACGUGUAUCACGAGGCGCCGCUGGCCUCUGCAGGGCUGUUCUCUCGACUCAUGCUGACGCGACCGUGGCCCAAGGACAUCAUCACCGCGGCGACGCCCGUGUGGCCGCCGCUCAUUCUGCCCAGUGCGGCUCGCACACGCAACGACACGUCGCCGUCGGGGUUCAGACACACGGCGAACAAGCCAGGGCGCAUCCAAGAGCUCUCCACGUCGACGUUCCGCCUGCGCAAGUGGAUGGAAUUUGCCUCGCGGCCCAACGGGGUCAGCAUGAGGGUGGGCGAAGACAUCACUACGUUUGCCACGCUCCCUGAGGAAAGCUACACCCCGACUGCGCAGAAGCCGUGGCAGGGCAUCUGGUGCGGGGACUACGCAGGCCACGGGUGUGAGUUCCUCCUCGUCACGCAGCCCGACGAGCCACUGGCGCUGCCGGAAAGAGCGGAGUGGGCGAUGCGGGCGCGAGAGAGGGGGGGCAGCGUGAGCAGCGCUGGGAGCUGGAGCACGGCGCCCACCGAUGCAGCCGUGUCGUCUGACCACGAGGAGUUGUUCGAGACGGCAGACGACCUGGAGGAUAGUGUUGCCACGCUGCAGGGCGCAGACCGAGAAGACGGCUGGUCCAUGGUCGAAGCGGCGGACAGGAAGAAGGAAGAGCGGUCGGCCGAGGACGAAGAGGGCGUGUACCGGGGCCGGAUGGAAGCCAUCAAGCUCACUGGCGAUCCCAACAUCCCGCGCGGGGAGUACACGUUCAUCGCGCCCGACAUUGGGCCCAACGGGCUGAUUCGCGUUGCGAGCGAGGACAUGUUCAAGGGGGCGCGCAUUGUCAGGAGCGUGGGCCACAUUGCGGCCAGGGGGUUCAGGGAGGACACGUACAUGACUUCGCAGCUCAUUCUCAUCUCACACGACCGGCUGGCGCAGUACUGGGAGACGUUUGGGCAUGUGUCGUUUUAUCAGCGCGUGAACGUGGACGACUUUGUCAAGGUGUAG